AUGGCACAAGACAAAAAAAAGCGCAAAGCCAGCACCGACGCCACAAAACCAAAGCGGCAAAAACUAGACAGCGCUUUCCUAGACCUCUUCUGGCAGCUCGCGUCGGCCUCGAAGAAGGCGAGGACCGCCGCCGCGGCAGCAUUAGACGACGCCUUGCAACAGGACGCGUCCAAGGCGCCCUACGCGCUGAAGCGGCUCCUCGGCGGCCUCGCGUCGCCGCGCGACGGCGCGCGCGCGGGAUGCGCGUGCGCGCUCGCGCAAUUGCUGCGGUCCGAGGCCGUCACCGCCGAUGCUGUAAAGGAGGGCUGCCAAACCUUGUACGUGCGCGGCGGCUCGUCGCGCCAGGACAAGCGCGACGCCAACGCCCAGGAUCUUGGGGAAUUACUAGCGGCGGAGUGCCUCAGUCGGAGCGGGUCUUGUGAUGCGGCGACGGCCUUGUAUUUCUGCGGUCGUGCUCUGGAUCUCCUCAAAAGAAAGUGGCUGCGGGAGCUCGCGGCGCGCGUCUUCGCGGGGCUGAUUCGUCGCGUCGACGACGACAAAGAUAUAAACCAAAGGCUGGACGCACUACUCGCGAGCGGCCUGGACGCCGAUUUGUUAGCCUUAGCUUUAUCAGCGAAGCGGCCCGUCGAGGACACAGAUUUAACGUGUCUGGGCGCCGCGGCGGCGCAGCUCUUUCCCCGCCUACACGUGGCCUGGGAGUUGUUGAUUGAGGACGACUACGCGCGCGUCGCUUCGGUGGUCGACGAAUUGGCGAAGUCGUCGUCCGUGGAACGGCGGGGCGCCGCUUUAUUGGUUGCGGCCCAGGCGCUGGAAAGGGGCGUCUCCCCGUCCAUCGUGCUGACGGACGCCGUCGCUCCCUCAUUAUUGAGUGCCGCGGCCCGCGGCGACGCGGCGCUCGGGCCCGUCGCCGGCCGGGCGCUCAAGCGCGUCGUAGGUGCGGCUUCUGACAAACCGCUCGAGGUCGCUACUCUACUAUUGGCGCGCGGCGGCGCGCACGCCUCAUCGGGCGCCGGCGGCAAGGCCGUCGUGGCGCUCGUCGAGGCCUGCGACGACGCGGACUUCGCAAAGCACGUCAAGGAGCGCGCGGCGACGGCGGCCGCGGGCGACGCGAGCGCUCUGACAGCGCUCGCGGCGCUGGCCCGGGGCCCGCGCGGCGCGGCGGCUUUUGAAGCUUUACUCGCGUGCGCGGCGCGCGUCGCGUUCUUCGGCGAGGCACCUAUCCAGGGCCACGAGGUCUCAACAGUGAAGUGCGAGGCAGACGACGAUGCGCGACGGAACGCGGCGUCCAUAAUCUAUGCUGCGCUCGCCGACCGCCUGAAGGCGGCGCCGCUCGAGGCCGGCGGUGCGGCGCUCGCGCCGCUCGAGGCGUUUUGUGAUAUUGUUCAAGAGUUGGACGGCACGGGGUUAGAACGCCGCGCGCCGCGAUUGGAGGGGAGCGCGCCCGCGGGUUCUGAUGAAGACGACGCCAUGACGGUCGUGCUGCGGUCCCUAGCUCUAUUAGCGGUGUGCCUGCUGGACGACACCGCGCCACAGGGCGUCGAGCGCCCGGCGACGGCCAAGGCUGUGUUGGAUGACCUCGAGCAGGCGCUUGAGUUGCGGCGCGCGGGCGACGCCACGGACAGCGAAUCUUUACUCAUCGCGCGCGCGGCCGUAGCAUUAUUAGGCUGCGCGCACGCGCACGGCGCGUCGCGCCUCGCGCGCGAGCUCGUGAAACGAGCCUGGGGCUUGAGCUGCGCCCAGGCGCCGCCCUCCGCUGCGGCCUACCGUGUUAUUUUAUGUGCGGUGACGGGUGAGGAGGAGGACGACGACGACGAGGAGGACGAGAGCGAGGAGGAGGACGACGAGGAGGAGUCGAUGAUGGACGAGAGCGACGUGUCCGAUUCGGAAAUGAUGGCGGGCCGCGACUCCGUGGGGUUCUCGGAGUUGGGCGACGACGUGCCGCUGGAGGACGGCGACGACAUCGAGGUCAAGGGCGACGACGUCAUGGCUUUGUUGGAGGAGGUCGACGGCGAGGACGCGCGCAAGGAACGGGACGCUCAUAGAAAAGCAGGCCGCACGGACGCGCGGCGCGCGGAAUUGCAGCUUCGGUUGAGAGCCUUGGAUCUACUCGAGCGGUGUUCUGGUGAAGAUGAAGCGCUGCGGGCGCUCGCUCCAUUAUCAUCGCUCGCCGCGGAGCUCGAGACGGACUCGGCACCGGAAGCCGCCGACCUCGCAAAUCGCUUAGGGGCAUUAUUGCGGGGGCGGAUCGGAAAGGCCGCGUCAAAAGCCGACGACGCGGCCGCGGCCGCGGCGACGACCACGGUUUUGUUGACGGAGCUGCGAUCCAGAAAGCGCGGCCCGUUCGCCGAUGCGGCGCAGGCCGCCCUCAAUGCGUGCGCGGCGGUGCUGCGGCGCGGUACCGACGUGCAGGCGCACGCGACCGCGGCCAACGCGUACGAGGGCGCCGCGACCGAGGCCUUUGGCUCGAAGAAGGCUAAAGUGCCGACGAAAAUCCUCAAAGACUGCGCGUCCAAGGCGCCCAACAUCGCCGCGGCGGCCUUCCUCGAUAAACUGCCCGGCUGGGCCGCAGAAGCGCCGUCGCCCUUCCUCGCCGGCGAAGCGCUGGCGCUCCUGGAUGCCCUGGCGGGGCGUGCAAGUGAAAAACACGCGGCGGCGGCGUUCACCGCGCUCGCGAGUCUCGCGCGCGACGAGCGCUUCCGGAAAGCCGACCGCGCGCGCGCGCUGCUCGAGACGGCAAAAGCGCUCGCCAAGGCGCGGCCCGGCGCGGACGCUUCGGAUUUCGCGGCGGCGGCCACGGCGCUUGCCGACGGCCACCCGUCCCAGGCCGUCCGGGGCCUGGCGGCGCAGUUCGCGGCGUCACUACCGACUACUGCCCCCGUGAAAAAGACGAAGAAGAAGCGCAAGAGUGCUAAGUAACACACAAUAUUU